AAGGUUGAUCAUCUCAUAAAGUCACUCAACAAAGAAGCAGCAAGUGAAUGAAAGAGAUACAGUAGAGAGACUGAGGAGAAAGAAAAUGAGCGGAGCAGGGAAGACGGUGUGUGUGACCGGAGCAUCCGGUUACAUAGCUUCAUGGCUGGUUAAGCUUCUUCUACACCGCGGUUACUCUGUCAAUGCCACCGUUCGUGAUCUCAAUGAUCCUAAGAAAGUUGAGCAUUUACGCUCACUAGAUGGAGCUAAGGACCGACUUCACUUGUUUACGGUGAACCUGUUGGAAGAGGGAUCUUUUGAUGCUGUAUUGGAAAGGUGUGAAGGUGUUUUUCACAUUGCUUCUCCCUUCUUUCUCGAUAUUAAAGACCCAGAGGCUGAAUUGCUUGAUCCUGCUGUGAAAGGAACACUUAAUGUCCUCGAAUCCUGUGCAAAAUUCCCAUCAAUUAAAAGAGUAGUUCUAACAUCUUCAAUGGCCGCGAUUUCACACAAUGGCAAACCUCUAACUCCAGAAGUGGUCGUUGAUGAAACCUGGUUUACUGAUCCAAAUCUCGUUAGGGAAUCAAAGAUGUGGUACGUGCUCUCUAAGAUUUUGGCCGAGGAAGCUGCUUGGAAGUUUGUGAAAGAAAAGGGUAUUGAUAUGGUGAGUAUAAAUCCUGCAGUGGUUAUCGGACCAUUGCUGCAGCCAACACUCAACACAAGUGCUGCUGUAAUAGUGAGCUUAUUUGAUGGUUCCGAAACAUUUAAUAACAUGACUUUUGGUUGGGUACAUGUUAAAGAUGUUGCCAUGGCACAUAUAUUGGCAUUUGAAGUCCCUUCAGCUAAAGGAAGGUACUGCUUAGUCGAAAGUGUUGCACAUUAUGAUUCAGAUAUUGUUAAGGAGUUAAAAGAGCUAUAUCCAAACGCGGUACUCUUUUCAAAGUGCAAAAAAGGCAGUCCAUUGAAGCCUGUUUACCAGGUCGCGAAGGAGAAAACUCAAAGUUUGGGCAUCGAUUAUAUACCUCUUAAAACAAGCCUUAAGGAGACUGUUGAAAGCCUGAAGGAGAAGGGGUUUAUCAGCAUUUAAUUAAGUCAAUUAGAAGGGGUCUAUCAGCAUUUAAGUACUUGAUUGAUUGAUACUAAAAACCAAUAGUUAAGCUUUUGUAUUUCUGUGAGUCAUUUUGCUUAUGUAUGACUACGGCGAGAGCCAAUUUUCUUAUACAAGGAACAUGAUGUAUAUUCAAAGAAGAGUAAUAAAGGCAUAAGAGUUAUAUUUUUCCUA